AUUGUUGUUUUCGUUGUCAAACAUGUUCAAGGAUUUAAAGUUGAUUGACACACAACUAUCCUAUUUCAAGUGAUUAGAUCUUUUCUCCAAUUACAUGCUUCAACAUACUUUUGAAAUUGAAGAAGAUUCAAAUCCUAUCCUUUCAAUUGUGGGACACACAUACUACUCCCUCAUAAAUCAGAUAACUCUCCCUACAUUUCAUUAUCAUCAUUAUUAUCAAUACUAUCAAAAAUUAUUUUUUUUAAAAUUUUUUAUAAAAAAAGUCAAAAUCUCAUUCACAAGUCACAUUUUUCCACUUUACCCACCCUUUAAUAAAAAGUAAAACACACUCCCAAAUAAUCAAUCUUAACCACCUCAACCCAAAUCCAACGGCCCAAAAUUCUCCAAAAUAUUAAAAAUAAAAACCUAAUUUUUAUUUCUUUUUUCUCAAUUUAUUUAUUGAAAUCAAUUCUCCAAAAAAUAAAAAAAAUAAAAAAUUCCCUAAAAAAAUCUUCAUCUUCUUCUCUCUAAUGGAACCGAAUGAACAAAGCGGACUAACCUCUUACUACCACCCACAUCAACACCCUCACCCACAACAACCUUCCUCCACUCUCUCUCCUCCUCUGCCGUCUUCCGCCGGCGCCGGCGGCGGUAAUUCUCCGGUCACUAAUGGAAUGUCCGACGGCACUGCCGGCGCACUCUACCCUCAAACAGUAGCCGGAAAAGCGCCGACUACAUCGGAGCCUCAGCGAAGAAAAAGAGGACGGCCAAGAAAAUACGGAACCCCUGAAGCUGCUGCCGCCGCAAAAAGGGCUGCCGUUCCUUCUUCUAUUAAUAAGCGGAAAGAACAGCAGCAUCACCAUUUUAUUCAUGGGUCUUCUUCUCACUCCUCUUCUGCUUCUUCUAAGAAGUCUAACUUAGUUUCUGUUGGCGGUCAGGGGUUUACACCGCAUGUCAUCAAUGUACCUUCCGGAGAGGAUGUUGGCCAGAAAAUUAUGUUAUUUAUGCAACAAACAAGAAAGGAAUUAUGCAUCUUGUCAGCUUCUGGUUCUAUCUCUAAUGCAUCUCUUCGACAACCAGCAAUUUCUGGAGGCAGUAUUGCAUAUGAGGGACGUUUUGACAUUAUUUCGCUUACUGGAUCUUAUGUGCGCUCAGAUCUUGGAGGCAAGGCAGGGGGCCUUAGUGCAUGCCUUUCCACUACAAACGGACAAAUUGUAGGAGGUGGUGUUGGUGGUCCUCUAAUAGCUGCAGGGCCUGUGGAGGUUAUUGUAGCUACCUUUCAGAUGGACCCCAAGAAAGAUGUUAAUGCUGGAUUCAAAGGCGAUGUGUCUACCAGUACAAUGCCUUCACCAGUUUCAGCUUCAACUGCAGUUUAUAGACCAAUAGUUGAAUCUGCUGGAGGAUUUACAGUAGCCACUGGGGGUGAUGAUCAUCAGAAUAUGGAUGGAAGUCCGUUUAUGAUGCAAAGUCAAUGGAGAAGUGGAAUUAGCUAUGAUAUGGGAGGAAAUACCGGCCACAGCUCACAUGAUUCGCCUGAAAAUGGAGAUUAUGAGCAGAUGCCUGACUAGAUGUUCGCUUUAUUUGGUUGCCAGUCAUUUAAUAUAUUAAUCACAGGCCUUGCCAUGCUCAUGAGUUGCUUUGUUAGGUGAAGUUAGAUAUAUAUUUCCUAUUCAUAUGGACUACAAUUCGAUACAUGUACAGGUGACUAACAAUCUUUCACUCAUUUUACUCUCGAUUUCUGCUGCUCACGUUGCUGUAGCUUUGAUCUUAACAUUUUUAGCGAUUGUUAAGCCAUUCACAUUAUAUGCCUGUGCAUUUUCCACAUAUGUGAGAUGAUCCUUUAUUUUUAGAUUUC